AUGAGAAAGCUCUGUUGCGUCUCCAAAGAGCCGUCAAAUCCUCCUCCGUCAACACGUAGCCGGAGCACUGAAUCACCGGCUGUCGACGCAAAAAUCGAUUCUGCGGCGGAGAUCAUACAGAAAUGGAACAUGGAGGCCUCCAUUUUUGGUAGAGUCACUUCUAUGUUCUAUGAGAGCAAGCGAGAAGCCAUGGAGUUCAUCGAGCGUGUGAAGGAUCUGCAGACGACGAUGCGUCUCUUGGUUUCCGAGGAUCCUAAUUCGGAGAACCUCGCGAGAGCUCAUACUCUGAUGCAGAUCGCGAUGAAGAGGCUGCAGAAGGAGUUUUACCAGAUUCUGUCCAUGAAUUGUGCACAUCUGGAUCCUGAAUCCGUCUCGACUCGAUCUUCGCUUACCUCUGCGAGAUCUAGCACUUCUGAUUUUCCCGACGACGAUGAUGCAACAAACGCCGCAGGGGAUUCCAUUGUCGAAGUGGAGGAAGUGUCAACAAUAGCCAUGUCGGAUUUGAAAACCAUUGCUGAGUGCAUGAUCGCUUCCGGUUACGCAAAAGAGUGCGUGAGUAUAUAUAAAUCCAUCAGAAAAUCGAUCGUCGACGAAGGAAUCUACCGACUCGGAGUGGAGGGAAUCAGUUCGUCGAAGAUGAAGAAAAUGCCAUGGGAGGUGGCUGAAAUGUUGAUGAAAAGCUGGGUCGAGGCGGUGAACGUUUCCCUGAAGACUCUCUUCAACGGCGAGAGAAUUCUGUGCGAUCACGUCUUCGAAUCCUCGAAUACUCUCAGAGAGUCUUGUUUCAGUGACAUCUCCAGAGAAGGAGCGUUUCUUCUGUUUGGUUUUCCAGAAACCGUUGCCGUCAAAAACAAGAAAAAUUCACCCCCGGAAAAGAUUUUCCGGCUGCUGGACAUGUACAGCACGAUCGCCGACAACUGGAAGGAAAUCGAAUCGAUCUUCUCUUUCGAAUCAACCUCUAUCUUCCGUAAACAAGCUCUCAACUCUCUAAUCUGCCUCGGUGAUUCGAUUCGAUCGCUAUUGGACGAUUUCGAGACCGGAAUCCAGAAGGACUCGUCGAAGACUGUGGUUCCCGGUGGAUCAGUACAUCCUCUGACAAUCUCCACCAUGAAUUACCUCUUGUUGGAUUUGGGUUUAUUUGAUAGAAUCAAAACGGGCCUAGCCCGUGAGAAGCCCGAUCCGUCUAAAUUUAAAUCUGUAGAAUAUUAA